AUGGACAAUAUUAUUGAAAACUCUCUUAACUUUUGGUAAUAAAGACUCAACAAUUCCUCUUAAACAGAAACACAAAUUUUGUAUAAGAAGAAAUAAAGAUCAAUAGUAGACAGAGUGGUGAUAGAAUCUGCAGAAUAUUGGAGAAAAAUUGCUGAUGAAUUUUCAUCAAAAAGUUCCACAAAUAGAUCUGUCUAAAGCUUAUCAUCAUAACCUCAUAAUUAAUAGAUUUCUGAUUGCUGA